CCUAUAUUGAGUACAAAGCAAGUGAACGACAUCUAAUAAAGGUAUGUUGAUAUUAUCCAAUUCUGGGAAUUAGUCAGUAGACUACAGUGUACAGUAUAUUGCCUCUAGUCUUGAUCUUUUCUUUGAUUUCAGCCACAUUUCGGUAAGCAAAAGCCUUCAUCGAGCGACUAGGAGUAGCAGCUCGAGACUUCAAAUAGUUUUGAAACUUUCUAUAUCUACUUCAGUCUUCACAUGCACAGAAACGAAGAUGUCAUUGACUAUAGUCUAUGAAUGCACGCUAAUAACUGUACUCCUUUUCAUAGUAUACAUAAAAUAAAUAGCAAGCCACACUAAAACUACAAAUCCCUUCAACAAUUAUCUAUAUCGGUUGAGAUGCCGGCCCAAAAUUCUGGUAAAUAUCUGAUCCGAUUUCGUAUUAGUUGGUUUAGUUUAUUUAGUCCAACUCUGCAUACAAAUUCAAUGCCGGCGAUAUAUUUUGAAUAUUAUAAACUAUAUGAGAUGCAAAUAAACGAAAUAAUUAAUACCAACAUUAUAUAAGUAAAACAUAUUUAUAUUAUAUUAUAAUAACUAAUAAGUAACUUGUUACUAAUAUUGUGCCUACAGUUUGUUCGAUGCGUUGCUUUCCGCCACAUGACCGGUCGUCAAACAUAUUAAAAACUAGUUAAUAUUAUUUAUAUAAAAUAUGAUGAAUGUUGAUACUUUUUAUUAUUUCUUUUAUUUACAUUUCCGCAUACCACUUUUAUGAUGGCCGGGCUGCUUGUGUUUAAAUUAGAGUUGUCAUAGUUUUUCAGCCCAUCUCACAGGGGCCAACAAGGGCGAAUAAUGUUCUCGACCAAUCAGAGCAUUUGUUUACCUUUUGGCGCUAAGCCAAUCAGAACGCGUUCAUUUUUACUACUUCCGGUUUAGACGCGUAUGUCAACGCGAAAAUUAGGGUCGUAAAUGGAGCCUUGGGGACGCCUGGUUUUUAAUUUUAUUGGGCUUAUUUCAAUGAAAUCCUAUAAAAUGUAAAAUUUUCGAAAAAUUUCCUGCUGGCGGAUUUGCGUUUCAUCGCUUAGUUUUGAAAUUAUCCGCAUUCAAAAAACGGCCUAUGCAAGGUCACUCUUAGCCUGCGGCAGUCCUAGACUCCCAAAGGAAGUAGGUCCUACUUCCUUUCGGAGUCUGGGACUGCACGCAGGCUAGGUCACUCUCGAAUAGGUCAAAAACGUGUUAUGAUUUUAAAGGAAGUGAAGCGAAAGCUUAUAUCCGGAACUAUUUAAGAGUGGCUUGGGGCAUUUGGGAAAAAAGGCUUUUUCACUUCGAUUUUGGAGUUAAAUUUUCUGGCAAUCGGUCACUACACGACUAUAAUUUUACCAGCAGUGGCAUAUAGCACUAAAGGAAAGUAGAAAAAUCGCCGUUUCAAUGAAUGGCAAUUUCUUUUCGAAACUUAUGACUGCCUCGUUGGCACAAGCUUUUGACUUGAGAGGAUAUUUGCAAAAUGGGCAAGCACUGAUGUCUGGUAGGUUACACUCGAGGUAGUCCAUCUCAGGUGGGAAGAGUGCCCACAGCUUCGAAAAAUGCGACACAAAGGACCAUCACGACUGCAUUCGAUCAUUGAUUUUUAGAUCAAUCCAUUCGAUCUUAUCACAUUUACUGUGUCAAUGGAACAGUGAAGGUGAUAAUUAAUAAUAUCAAACAUAUUAUAUAUUUCAUGCUUAUGAUUCAUAUACAUUUUAUGGGCUGUCAGCAUAUUAAAAGAUUCAUAUUUUUUCGAGCACGAUUGUCAGUCAACAGAGGGUUACUUAUUUGCUUUAGUACGCAGUUUUUCCUAUGUGUUUUAUAUAAUUGUAGGAAAUAGAAAGACCACAGUGUAUAUUUUUAGGAUCAUGGAAUCAACAACUACAGUAUUUAGGGAGCGGUCAUAAAGUAAGUGCUAGCCCGGGGCGGACGAUAUUUUUAAUUUUGUGAAAAAAAUUUCAUACACCCACAAAAUUGUCGGAAAAUAUUUGGUACCCCAUGAAGAUAACGGUCUCAAUGUUUCAUACCACAUCAUAAAACGAUAAGCUUACCGGGGUUUAUUCAUGUUGAUAUGACCUGGGGUGUGCUGAUAGGGCUCAACAAUUCUGUUGACUAAUUGCCAUUAUCCUAUAAGUUUUAUGUUCAGUAAGUUUUAUCUUUCUUUAACUUAAAAAUAACAAAAAAGUAAAAUUCAAAUCCAAAAUGCUGUUUUUUGGCCCCAUUGAAUACGACCGCCUGUCAAAAAAUGGUGAAUAUUACUAAUAUUUUUCCCAUUUUGGUUAUUUUAUUUAAAGAGAUAAAAAAAACAUUUUGGAUGUGAUAUUUUUGGGUCUUUUACAUUCAAAAGACAUACUUUUAUGAUAUGGCAAACCUCAGAUGUCCAUAAACACCACCAUUUUUCUUUACAAGCUGGCAUUCCUGUACCAUAUGAAAAGACAUAAACUGAAACUGACCUGUCUCCCCAUAUAAACAAUCCAAAUCAUUUUCAACAUCACUGAUUGAGUGAUUUCACCAUCAUCACUGCGAGACUGUCAUUGUUGUCAUAUUGUUCCAUAAAUCGCAUAAUAUUUGCAAUUGCGCAUUCUGCUGAAACUCUAGCUCUUUUUGGUGGCAUAACUUCUUUAGUAUAAACCGAAGAAACAAUGAACUGAAUGAAGUCAAUCAAGAAAAGUUUGUAGAAAAACUAUGAAAUGGCGACCAUGUUUUUAUACCAGGCCAACAUACUAUGUGUUACAUGAAGUGUAUCACAGGUGGACUACACACGUAAAAAUCAUCAUGUUGAUGCAAGUUGUUCAAAACAGGAGCGAACAAUGUUGUACUGCACCCCGUGAACAAUAUUGUUAACAAGUUGUUGAACCAUCAACAUUGUUGAACAACUUGUUAACAAUCAUGUUAACAACUUGCAACAGUACUGAUGGUUGAACAACUUGUUAACAAUAUUGUUCACGGGGUGCAGCACAACAUUGUUCACUCCUGUUUGAACAACGCCGAACAACCUGAUCAAUUUUUACCCGUGUACGAGCCUGGGGCCGGUUGUGUCAAGCCCGUUUAGGCCGUAUUCUGUGGCCGCCUAUCGUUCAGUUCCGCUGCCCGCAUUCGGGGUCUACUUUUAGUUUACAUGAAUCUAUAGAUUUUGAUACGCUGAGUACGAAUUCAGUUGUUGUAACUUGCACAAACCUGCUGUUUUUUUGUAUUUUACGAUCAAACAUCAACAUUUUUUAUUAAAAUUUCCGCCAUUUUGUUCAGGAAACUUCAUGUUAUUUACAGUUAUUGUACUAGUCCAAGUCUCUUAGCAGGGGGGUUGCACACGGUAUUACGCAGUUUGUUAUCAUUCUUCUGAGAAAAAAUAUACAGAAAUGAAAUAAAAAUAUAGAUAUUUUUGCACAAUAUAAAUGCAAAAGGUACUGGUACACGUUUGUAAAUAAUUAGGAAUUUAAUCUAUUAUUCUUUAUUGCAUCAACUUUUGUUUUUUUUGGCUAAUCAUGAUGUGAAAUUGCAAAGACUGUCACUAUAUCCACAAAGAAUCUCACAGCUAGUCUCACUUGUCAUUGGUAAAGUUGUUUAUUUUAUUUAUUACUGAAAUUAUGUACAUAAUUUUGGCCUUGCAAUGUGAAUAGCCAGAAUAGUCAAUUUUUCUUUGAAAUUUUUGUCAACAAUGAAUAAGGAGCACAAUAUAUUGUUCAAUAAAUGUUAGACCUAUUUGUAGACCAUUGCCCAUCAAAUUAUUAGUAGCAGUUGACCUCAAUAAAAUUAACUCAUCUAUUUAAUAAAUCUGCACAUAAUUAGUUCCAUUUUCUUGUAUUAUAAUAACAUUUUUCCUAUAUUAUGGGACAUUGAGCUUUAUAAAUAAAAACUUUUGGAAGAUGGCUUUCACUCUCUGACAGACAGGCUACUUUUUGUCUGUUUAUAUGGAGUUAACCCAACCUAGAUUAGCUAUACUUUUUUAAUUACUUUAUUGUUAUUUAAGUAUUUACAUUGGCAAAUGGUGGCUGCACAGGACAUAGCCCCAAUUAUUACAGCUACAAUAUAACAACCGGCCUAGCUUGGUUUUUCAAUUUAUGUGAGACUGUUGAGGCAAGCAUGGGCGUGCUGGAACAAUUAAAGCAGCUGAGCAAAAAACUAUAUUCACACAAGCAAAUCUCAAAGUCAUGCCACCUAGAAACAUUAAUUGAUCGAGCCAUUCAAGGUUUAAAUGUGUAAAAAAAUAUUAAAUACACCAUAUUGUCAUGAUCCAUCAUCACCUUAAGCUCUAAUCCUAUUUGAGCUGCCAUUAAUUACCAACUGAACUACUGGAGAUUCAGGGAUAUUUUAUAUUUGACCAGGCAGACAAUAGAAAUUUAAAGUAAUCUGGCAUCACUACCUACCAAUAUGCCUUAGUUAUAUAAACCUUCUUUCCUCUUGGGCUGGCCUGCCUGGCCAAGACUCUUUUCCAAGCCUUAGAUCUUGGAUAACAGCUGGGCAUUAAAUAAUUAAUACAUAAUUCACAUCAAUCUAUUGAUAUAAAUAACAUUUCUUUAUUUUCUUAGGGGGUGUUUAUAUAUGGAGGGCAGCCAACCCAGAUACCCGAGCUAGCUUGCUUUGUCGAGAUCUAACAUUGCUAUGUAAUUUAUACUAACAUUUAUCUUGUGUUUAAAUGGGAACCGAGCUGGCCUGCCUAGGUGAGAUCUUGGAAAAUAAAAAUAUAUUUACUUAUAUUAUACUAUUUAUAGCGGUAAGACCAGUGAUUUGUUUUGACAAGACAGCCCACCUCAAGGGUUUAAUGUAAACAUGGGAUAAAAUCAGCUCAGCGAAGAGAGCUAGCUCGGGUGCAUGGGCUGGCUCACCUCCAUAUAAACACCCCAUUAGAAUAUUUCAAAGUUAAAAUUUAUUUUGAAAUCUCUUCUGAGGGAUAAAACCUUCAAAACUUUAUUGUUGACAAAAAUUUCAGGUAGACAGUAUUCAGGAAAAUUGCCUUUUCAAAUUGUGUACAUAGUUUCAGUAAUAAAUAAAAUAAACAACUUUACCAAUGAAAAGUGAGAGUCUUUAUGGAUAUAGUGACAGCCUUUGCAAUUUCACAUCAUGAUGAGCCAAAAAAAAACAAAAGUUGAUGCAAUAAAGAAUAAUAGAUUAAUUCCUAAUUAUUUACAAACAUGUACCAUGCAGUACCUUUUGCAUUUAUAUUGUGAAAAAAUAUCUAUAAUUUUAUUUCAUUUCUGUAUAUUUUUCUCAGAAGAAUGAUAACAAACUGCGUAAUACCGCGUGUAACCCCCCUGCUAAGAGACUUAGACGAGUACAAUAACUGUAUAUAACAUGAAGUUUCCUGAACAAAAUGGCGGAAAUUUUAAUAAAAAUGUUGAUGUUUGAUCAGUGCUCUCACUUUUAAGGAAUUAUCCUUAAAAAUAGGAAUUUUGAAGAGUUUUAAGGAUUUUUUUAAGGAAUUUAGAUUUUUGAGGAUUUUUUUAAGGAAUUUCCGAAACAUUUUAUCCUGGACUAAAAACGUUGGACGGAGGAUGGAUAACCACGCCACGCAAAUGAGAUUUAAACUUGAGAGUAGCAACAUUAUACGCACAUAAUUAGGGAGGCUAGGGGGCCCUAAGACCCCCCCAAUAAUUUUGAAAGACUGCAAAAAUCUUGUACCAAAUAACACGAAUCACACUCAUAUAACGUAAUUGUUAUCAUAAUAUAAUAGUAUAUGUUUCUGUACAUGGCUUGGCAUGUGAUUUAUAACAAAACGCGCCAUUAAAACAGUGUUUUGAAACCCUAGUUUUUUACAAAAUGUGUUCUCAGAACGCUGCAAAUGCCAUUUCCGGGAUUCAAAUUUUAAAUUUUUUCUGUGCCUUUGGCACGAGCCCCCCCUUCCCGAUAUUUCGUAAAGUGUCCGCCACUGGUCUUUUCAUUAAAAUUCUCAAAAUUUAAAUGUCAGUAAAUGCUGUUUCUUCUGAAAUCUACAGAUUUUUUAAGCUCUUCGUGCAGCAACGAUCACAAAUACAUCAUGUUGAAUGUUUUCUUUGUGGCAUUAUGUUAACAAUCAAAUGUUUUCAAUUUUUAGUGCUUAGAAACAAGGUUAUAAAAAAAGAAAAACAGAAAAAAGGGGGAAAAGCCAAUUUAAGGAAUUUUAAGGAAAUCUGAGGAAUUUUCGAGUUUUUUCUAAGGAAUUCGAAAAUUUGAUUGUGAGAGCACUGUGUUUGAUCGUAAAAUACAUAAAAACUGCAGGUCUGUGCGAGUUACAACACUAACUGAAUUCAUACUCAGCGUAUCAAAAUCUAUAGAUUUAUGUAAACUAAAAGUAUUCCCCGAAUGGGGGCAACGAAACUUGUUUUCUAAGCGACUUUUGGGGUCACAGAAUACGGCCUAGUUUAGCCUAAACGGUGGAUAAGUCAAAAUUAAAUAACACUCUUAUAUUUUUCGUGAAUCAGUCAACUUAAAUAUUCUGCACUGAAUAUAUAGUUGUAAACAUUAUCGUUCUAUUAAGGUUCAAAACUUUUAGUUUGGUUGUUUAAUGAAUCUAUAGACUUGCUUUCUAUUUUGAGCUUAACCACCGUUUAAGCUGAACGGGCUUGAUACAACCGGCCACAGUAGUAUAGUUUUGAAAACACAAUAUUUAUACUGAAUUGGUUUCAUAUUCUGCAAUAUCAAUAACUUACUGACCGAGAGUGAGGGCAGUACGGGAAAAUAUCCAACCGAAGUCUUGCUGUAUUGACCGCGCGAUAACGAGGUCAAUACAGCAAGACCGAGGUUGGAUAUUUUCCCGUACUGCCCGAACGGUUGAGGUCAGUAAGUUUUUUAUUAUAUGGCAUUGUACGUUUGUAAAAAAAUGGGUAAAAAAGGUCACGCGAGGGCAAAGUACAAAGUCCGAAACAUUUGCAAAAAAGAAUAUUUGUAAAAAAUGUUCUCAAGCUUGGUUAGUAAAACUACUCUACAGCAAUUUUUAUAAGUAGAAUACUAACACAGUUGUACGGUGGCCCAUACGGGCCAACCCUUCUCCGUACAAAGUUGCACCUUCUCCGUACAAACUUGCACCUUCUCCGUACAAAUGUGUUGUUAUUCCAUGAAAAUCAAACUUCUCCGUGGAAUAUUGCCGUUGUUCUGUCACGGAAAGCCUCUUCUCCGUACAAAUAUGCAGUUUCUCCGUGGAAACACGCAUCUUCACCGUGGAAACACGCAGCAUUUCUGUGGAAACACCGCAGCUUCUCCGCGGAAACGCGUAGCAUUUGUGUGAAACACGAUGCGGUGGCCCGAACGGGGCACCUCUUCUUCGCAGAAACAUGCAGCUUCUCCGUACAAACACGUGCCUUCUCCGUAGAAACACGUGCCUUCUCCGUGGAUGAGCACUUUCCUUGUGAAUUAAAAAAGGCACGCCCCCCUGAAUAUUUAUUGGUUUUAUACGACGGGGGGGGGGAGAGAAAAUAAAAUCACAACGCAACAUCGUGGUCAAAACAUUACAAGCCAAUUUUAUAAAUAUGAAUGCUUUAAUAUGGGCACAGAUGCAGAGAUUUUGAUCGUUUAUAGCUUUUGUAACAAUUGUGGAAAUAGAGUUGAUAUACUGGUAAGUAUACAUACUAAGUUUUACUUUUUUAUAUUUAUGUUUAAUAUCAUUUUUAUUUGUGGAUUUAUACUUUUAUAAAUUGAAUAUUUAAAUAUACACCAUAUUAAUCUGUCAGUCAGUCUCGUAUACGGAUCUGCUAGUGUAGGUAUUUGUAUAUCCACUCAAUUUAUAAAAGUAUAAAUCCACAAAUAAAAAUGAUAUUAAACAUAAAUAUAAAAAAGUAAAACUUAGUAUGUAUACUUACGAGUAUCAACUCUACAAAAGCUAUAAACGAUCAAAAUCUCCUGGCAAUUCUCACAAUUUAUAUGCUGGAUAUCUGUGCCCAUAUUAAGACUAUAAAAAGCACAACAAGUAUUUGAAGCACAGGGAAACAAAAAGAAAUAUGAUUAAAGCAUUCAUAUUUAUAAAAUUGGCUUGUAAUGUUUUGACCACGAUGUUGCGUUGUGAUUUUAUUUUCUCUUCCCCCCCCCCCGUCGUAUAAAACCAAUAAAUAUUCAGGGGGGCGUGCCUUUUUUAAUUCACAAGAAAAGUGCUCAUCCACGGAGAAGGCACGUGUUUCUACGGAGAAGGCACGUGUUUGUACGGAGAAGCUGCAUGUUUCUGCGGAGAAGAGGUGCCCCGUUCGGGCCACCGCAUCGUGUUUCACACAAAUGCUACGCGUUUCCGCGAAGAAGCUGCGGUGUUUCCACGGUGAAGAUGCGUGUUUCCACGGAGAAACUGCAUAUUUGUACGUACGAAGAAGAGGCUUUCCGUGACAGAACAACGGCACAGAGUAAGGAUAUACAGAGGCGGAACUCGAGGCAAAUCAUGUCCCCACUUUUUUAAUGCGCAUGCGCAACCCUCUGGCAAGUGUCAUGCACAUUUUUUAUCAGGAAAAAGAUAGGGAAAUGCAAAAUUUUGGCAGUAAAACGGCGAUUUUAAGCGCAGUAACCGAUCAAUCUUCAUUUUCUGCACGAAUUUUGCAAAUAAAUGGCACACUGCGUCUUCUUAGCGAAAGGGAAUUGAACGAAUACCAUUUUUAACGGCGAAAAUGAGAAAAGACACCCGAAGGAGUGAGAAUUUCUGGCAAUCUGAAGAUUCGAUUCUGUAGACCUGAACUCCAGCUGGAACUUGGCAACUUAAUAUGUGAGUUUUUUUUCUCUAGCUCAUAUAUAUGAAAUUAUCAAUAUAUUUUUGUAAAGUGCAAUGUUGUAUGAAAGGGUUGUCGUUAAUUUAAACAUUGCAUAAACAGCAUUCAGAUACGAAAAAUAUGAACAUCAACAUUCCACAUGGACUGAUGGACUUGGACAUGGAGCCACAGUACUCUAAAGUUCUCAUAUAGACUUUAUUUAACUUAUAUGUUGACCCAAUGGUGAGGGAUUGGUCAAACUAUACUUUAUAGUGAUUCCCCUAGAUUAGUGCAUUGGUUAUUGUGCAAUGACAACCUUUUUUUGGCUCUCAAAGGUCAAUAAUUUCUCAAACAUGCCAAGUCUGUACAUGUUUAAUAAUCUAAUCUGUUUAUUUUUUAUUUUGCUUUUCUAGAUUGCCAAUCAUUCCUGCUGAACUACAUUGUUCAUUACAAUGAAUCAGAUGCAGAUUCUUACAACAUUUACUAUGUUAAUUUGUUCUCCUGAUUGGGAAAAACCUGAGACUAUUUGAUCUUAUAUUGGAAUGCCUACCAAUUUUACAUAGCCUCAGGCAAUGUUUAUAUAAUUAAUCUUGAGUAAUAGAGAUGCUGUACCCCCUGAUGGAGUGACCUUACUACCUGGAUCAUCCCACUAGGCAAGACAAGUUCAAAACUUUCCAUGCAAACACUUGCAUGGCAGUUGCUAUAGUAGGAUAUGAAUAUAGUUUAUUUUACUCUGUCUAAUGCCAGACGAUUUUACUCGUCAAGGGGUGAGCACACUUUAACAGGCAAAGUAUUAAUUGGGAAGACUUUCUCUUUUAAUGGGAAACUCUUUAUCAAUAAAAGGAACAAUGCAAUUAUUCAUAGUAUUUAAUUUUUCAUAUAAAGCAAAGACUGCAAGAGGAAACAUGGAUCAUUGGCUACUUUUUAUUUAGUAUUAAUUUUCAUGACAACAUGUGGGGUCAACUAUAAAGGAAACAGUUAUUGCCUAUUUUGGAAUAAAAAAUUUAGAAUAUAGCAAUAUUCAUUGACAUUGAACACAUAUUUAAUUUAUUUAGUUUUUGAAUAAUUUAAGUUCUUAAAUGUAUAUAAAUAUGAAAUAAAAUAAACAACAUUUAUUAAAAUAAACUUUGUAUUUUUAAACCCCAAUUACACUGUUGUAUUUACAUUUCACUGUUGUAGUAUUUACACUGUCAGUAGUAUUUACACUGUCAGUAGUAUUUACACUGUCAGUAGUAAUUACACUGUAGUAUUUACAUUUCAAGACCUUAACCCAACAUCAUUCCUUGGAGUUUCUCACGACAAGAUGUCUCAACCAAGAUUCUCUGGAGAACUUAUUUGGCCUCAUUAGGCAGCAGGGGGGAGGGGGGGGGGGAUUGUGACAACCAAUUAGUCCCAUCCAGUUCACCAGAGCAUUUUGCAUAUUAUUUGUAGAUAAUAUUUUGACACCACUUUCAAUUGGCAGCUGUGCUGAAGAUUCUGAUGCCUAUUUCAUUGCAUUUCACCCGUGUUUCAAAUCAGCACCUAUGCUUUCUUAUUAAUGUAAAAGACAGGAAAGCAAUACGUUUGGCCCGCAUUAAUUUAGCGAAAUGGGAAUCUGCUUCUUGGCAAUAUAAACAUCACAAGCACCGAGAUUGUAAUUUGUAUUAUACUAUUUUUUCUUUGUAUUUAGCCUAUAAACGUAUAUCUUUUUACAUAAAAAUAACCACUUACCAUUUAUUUUUAAAUUUGAGUCCCAAAAUGAAGAUCGGUUGAGUAACUUCGCAAAAAUAUUUAUUUUUCUACUUUCGAACGGUGUUUUUCCUAUGCUUUUGACUGAAAACACGACGAAUGACACUUGCCAGAGCAAUUUGCGUGGCGCGUGAAAAUGACGUUGCACGGGGACACAAAGAACAAAGGAAUCGCCGCGAGUUCCGCCUCUGUAUACUCUGUGACAACGGCAAUAUUCCACGGAGAAGUUUGAUUUUCAUGGAAUAACAACACAUUUGUACGGAAAAGGUGCAAGUUUGUACGGAGAAGGGUUGGCCCGUAUGGGCCACCGUACAGUUGGAUAGUAUUUCAAGAAAAAUACGAGGUAUUUCGUCAUUUAAUCAAAGACAAAGACAACAAAUAUGAAAACAAUAAAAUAAAUAAACAGUAUGGACAAGUACGGUUUUAGUUCGCUUCAUCUCAUAAAUAUAUCUUUUUUUAUCGAAAAAACCCAGAAAUUUUCAGGGAAAAAAUAUAAAUCUGUGGCUGCUUUAGUUGUAUUUUUUAUUUAGGAUGGUGUCAAAUUCCUCGGCUAUCUGCAAAUAAGAUUUGCAGCUCCUCACAAAGUCAAAACACAGCUAUUCCUGACUUCUUUAAUAGUUAUAAACAUUGUAAAAUUUACCUUGUAAUUUCGACUUUCGCUAACAAAAACAUAUUGAGAAAGUUCUUUAUCCAAAGAAGGUGCUCCUUUUCUUUAGUUUAGGUUUAUUUUUCUUCGUUUUGAAUAGUUUUGAAAGACUUUUAGACACUUCUUGCCGUUUGAAACUCGGCUCUUGUCGCGGGGCAAAAAAAUUGCGUAUUGCCCGUGGGCAAUACGGGAAAAUCCAUUGAACUCUAGUGAUGGGCGAUUACCGACUACUUGGUAUCGAUACCACCCGAUACCAGGCCCAAACAGGAAGUAGUCGAUACUGCACGGUAUCGAAAAAGUGUUUCGAUUACUUUUAAAAUUAGACAUUCAUUAUAAUCCUGUAGUUGUGUCAUCGUUUUCAUAGUUAUUUCUAAUAAAAUUUAUGUACUUUUUUGUAUUUUGCUGCAUUUAUCAAUUUAAUCAAACUUCCUUUUAAUAUACUUUAUUUGACAUUCUAUCCUAGCCUGCGAAAACAGCCUCUACUUUGCUGCUCCUAUUAUAUUAAUAGGAGCAGCAAAGUAGAGGCUGUUUUCGCAGGCUAAUUCUAUCCUCGCCGACAGAAUAAAUUAUGAAAAAGGCGGGAAAUAAAGUAGUUUCUGUUUUUUUGUGGAUUAAAAUGGCGGAUCAAAUCGUUACUGUUAAAAAUAUGUAACUUUCUGAAAAUAUAUCGUUACUAUUACAGUAGAAGGCUACUUCUUUAACAGUCGGCUCUUUAUUAAGUGACUUACAUUUAUUAUUUUGAAAAAUGGAGGAAGUAAUCGUUUGGGUAAUCGAUACCUCGAUACUUUAACCAAAAAGUAAUCGGUAUCGUAUCGAAACCGAUACUGUUGGUAUCGCCCAUCACUAGUGAACUCUAAUAAUAACAGUUAUUAGUAUAAUUACACAGGUGAUUAUUGAAAAUUCUCCACGCUGAUUGGUUGCCAUUGAGGUGAUUAUUACGCGAUAAUCACCUAAGCGAUUUUCAAAAUGGCGGCCGAAGCCUUUUUGUCAAUUAAAUGACGAAGAAAUGUGUAUUUUUAUAUUUUUUCCAUAUAAUCACCUAUGAAAUUAUACUAAAACAAUUAUUCACCUCAGGCUCGGUGAUUAUCGUGAAUAAAAACCUCGACUUCGUCUCGGUUUUUAUUCACCGAUAAUCACCUCGCCUUCGGCGAAUAAUUGAUAAUUAUUAGAGUUCACUGGGAAAAUCCUGCCUUGUCAGCAGCCAAUCAAAUUGCGCGAUUCAUCAAAACAAAUGCUUGCCGUAUAUAUAAUAAAUUAUGGUUCCUAAAUGUUUGGUGUUUGCUCAACCUUGAAGGUACAAAGAAAUAUGUUUAUGUGUAUAUAUAAAAAUAUUAUAAAUUAAUAUUUUAUAUUAUAUAAAUAUUUUAUAAUAUACUAUAACUAUAUUAUAUAUUAUACUAUAUUUUACUAUUUUAUAUCAUAUUAUGGAUAUUUUACUUUGCAAAUUAUGUGUAAUAAUCCAUCUUUAUAUGUUCUCUAAUUAUAUUAUGUUACUUAUGUCUUUGGAAGUGAUUCAGCCAAAAAAUACUGUCCAACCCACAUUUUCCCAUUUUUGGCCCCGACACCUUGUUUGACAAAUGUCGUCAAACGUCCGGAUAACUUUGAAUUUUCAGAAAAGCAAAUAUGGGUUCAUUUGUUCAGGGAUGACGGAUAAAUAUUUAUUUGGGUGCUCUCAUUGUGCGCACCCCCGGUACAAAUAGGGUUUAAAAUUAUUACACUGUGUAUUAAAUAUACGGUACAAUAGUCUCUCUUACAGCCAUUCUUUGAAUAAUAUUUGUGUCAUCAUGUACUCCUCCACACAAGCUCAUGAAGAGGAAUAAAAUCACAACACAAAGAGCAACUGCAAGGGAGACUACUUGAGCAACGGUCAAGUCUUUUAUGAGACAAUGAUGCAUGGCAGUGAUGUAUGAAAAAUUAUUUGGACCAUGAACGGAGCCGUAAUAUUAAACUGUAUUAACACAAUUUUUGUAUUGAAACAAACAAAUUUUGUUUCAUAACCCUUUUUAAAGUGAUAAAUUUAUUUCAUACCCCAUCCAGAUCCCUGAAAAAAAUUUCAAACCCCAUCCCAAUAUCCUCCGCCCCGGGGUAGCACUUACUUUAUGACCGCUCCCUUACUAAAGCAUAUAAAACUCGUGGUAGUGAUGCAGUGUAAUUAUACUGAAGUUACAUUGUUGGGUUAGGAGGUCUUUCCGCGUGCUGAUGAAACACCCAAUGGAAGAACUCGGUUGGUGACAACCAUACUUCCAAACAAAUUAGGUAGUUUCCACUUUCUUGUCUCCUAAUUGUUUUGCUCAUGCACUCUUGACAGUAACACAGCCUGACCAGGAUUAUCAUGGAGAACUCCAAUUGUUUUGUUUUAUAUAUAUAUAUAUAUAUAUAUAUAUAUAUAUAUAUAUAUAUAUAUAUAUAUAUAUAUAUAUAUAUAUAUAUAUAUAUAUAUAUAUGCAUAUAUAUUACUAUACAUAUAUAUAUAUAUAUAUAUAUAUAUAUAUAUAUAUAUAUAUAUAUAUAUAUAUAUAUAUAUAUAUAUAUAUAUAUAUAUAUAUAUAUAUAUAUAUAUAUAUAUAUAUAUAUAUAUAUAUAUACCAUGCAGUGCCCAGCUGGCUGUACUAUCGAACAUUGCGUGCAUGCAAGGCUGAAAUAUAUUUAUGCAUUUUUACGUGACACUGCCAUUGACUUAACAAAAACUAUCAGUUUUGAAAGGUGAAACACAUUAGUUUUGAAACGAAGGGCCUUCGCUAGAAACGACAAAGUAUUUUGUCUUUAAGUAUAUUGUAUUAAUUUUAGGUAGUUGAAUCUUCUUGGCGUGUCGCAGUUUUAAGUGCAUGUGCCUACGUCAUAAUUUUCAAAGCAAAGUAACGUUCGACUUGACCGUUUCAUAUUAGUUAUUAGUGUAUAAUUGUUCUUUUACUUGUCAUGAUAAACGUUGGCUCUUCUAUAGUCUUAAAGACAGUACUCUGAGAUUAUUAAUUAAAAGUAUAUUGUAUAGUGUUAUUCCAAAUGUUAUAUGAUAAAAUAUGCUUUUAGAUCUUACAGAGCGUACAGUAUAUAUAAUAUAUGAAACUGUGGUCUCGUUACAUCCUUUCAUUUGGUUUCAAUGUAGUUUCAAAAUCAUGUCAAUUAGAUUAUUGACGGCUUUACUGGCAUUCUUGGUUUUCUUUAUGAUUCUGUACAUUCUGGCGUUGAAUGGAUUUAUCGCGUUUAAAUCAGGUAAGAUUUAGCCGGUGUCCGGUGAGAAUGUCGAUGAGAAUAUGUCAUCAAGAGAGUCAAUUAGGGUUCGUUUAUUGGAAUUAUCACCUAGUCGAGAAACGAUUAUUAUUAAUUAAGGCUAGAUUAUUACUAAGCCUUAGCAUAGUUUACAGUUGACGUCUUCUGAGUGUGUUUAAAACGUCGCGAGUUUAUCAUGCAUGUACAGAAUCCACAGUAUUCGCGUUAGUAAGUCGAGCCCAAUUUUUGGAUGCAUGUAUGAUACAAUGGUAUCGUUUCUCGUCCAAAUGCGUCAGAUGAUCUAUUCGCCGUUUGAAUCGACGUUGCGUCGUCACGAAGCGAUUAGAGAGUUUAAGUUCUAAUUCCGAUUCCAAUACCGAUAUCAAUGUCUUCACUUCCAUUCUCAUUUUGGUAUCGGGAAUUUUAAAGCGUUAAGUUAUCACGACAGAUAAAGUGUAGAACACAUUAAUCGUCACCGAAAAUGUGCGGUAAAAACGGCGGCUGAGCUAAAAUUCCGACUAAAACAUGACUCAGGUGAUGCUAAUAAACAAGUAGUAUACGUGUUUGUCGAAAGAUAUAUGAAAUAUCCUAUUUAUAUGAGUUUAUCUUACAAUUCCCACGACUUCCAAAACAAGGCCGACUUCGGUACGUGGUGACUUCCAACACACUUGUCCUCGUGAUUCCUGCGAUCACAGCGCAUGCGCAUGACCUAUUCUUAGUAUCGGAAGUCGAACUUAAACUCUCUAAUACAUCAAACACAACUGUCUUUGUGUUUAAUAUAAUUUGAAUUAAGUUCCAAUCGGCACAUGAUGUUAGCAUGGUAUUUUUCACAACUUUAGGGCUAAAUAGCGAAGACAAGACUUGCCAGGCAAGAUGACACACUUUCACGAAGUAUGUGUCAAACAAGAGUAUGCGGGAAAUAUUCCUGAACAUAUUAACGCAGGACCAAAAUUUGAGUUAAACUUCACAUUUUCAUCCUAAAAGGGUUAUCAUAUUCCCUAAAUGUUUGCAUGCAAACUUCAUACCAACUUCGUUGCGAUACUAUAGCUUGUUUGCAAACAAUGCAUGUAUUUGAUUGGGUAUUUGGGUUAUUUCAUAAUCCAUUUCAGGGACCAGUGAAGCAUUGUUUACAAAUCAGCUUGGGAAUUUCAAUAUGAACUUUUGAACUUCGCAAAGAAGUUCUGAACGAAUUUUGCAACAUUUAGGGAUAAGUUAUUUAAAAUCGGACGUAACCAGUCUGAUUUUUUCUUGGUUUAGGUAUAAUUGAGAAUAAUUACUUCCUGAAAUUAGAUAAGAAUUCUACCAAGUUCAGGUUACCAAAGCCAGUGUAUGUGACGAUUGAAAAUGUCCCGGAAAAUGGAAACAAAAGACUUAAUGAAAAUGUUUACAGCUUGACGAGCACCAAAAGGAUAGAAAGUAGGCCAAGAAAUGCAACUGAUUAUGAAAAAGGCCACACGGAUUUGUGCAAGAAUUUAUGGCAAGAAGAUUACACUAAGCUUCAUCAGCAUUUGAUAGAAACGAACAAGAAUAAGUUUAAUAUAUACAGUUGUUCGAGAGGGGGCUGGGGAAAUCGACUCAGAGAUCUAUUAACCGCAUUUCAUUUUGCAGUUGUCGCAAAGCGAGCAUUCAUUAUAAAUUGCAACAAUCCUUCACCAUUGGAUAGGUUUUUAGCACCUCGAUACAUAAAAUGGAACUACAAAGUGAAUGAAACACAAUUAACUGUUAGACGUCGAUACCAAGUUAAACUAAAUGAUAUAGAAAACCCUUCCGAUCCAAAAAUAUACGAACAAAUGCUAAACUACUCAAUGGAAUAUGACCCUGGAAUGGUUGGAAAUAAAUACCCAUUUUUUGCAAGUCUUUUAAAGUAUGACUUACCUGUUUGGCCUAAUCUUCGUCAGAUGAUGGGAUGUAGCUUCUAUUACUUGUUUAAGAAAUCUGAUUUGUUGCAGAAACGUUUGGAUGAAUGGAAAGAAAAAUUAGGUUUCAACCAAAAUAUUGUUAUAGGUAUACAUAUUCGUCAAGGAGAUUCGGUGUUCAACCACAAUAAGCAAGAUAACAGAUUUCAAGACACGAGACAUUUUGAUUUAAGUUUUGAUUGUGCCUUGCAAAUCCAGAAGGAAAUUGAGAAGAAGUAUAAAACCGAUAAGAUAGUUUGGUUCUUGGCUGCUGAUUCUGAAAAGAUGAAAAUUCGUGCGAAACAGAAAUAUGGCGAUAAAGUGAGAAGCAUUACUGGUCCUAUUGAACAUGUUGGACAUCCAACUAAAGGAAAUGAAGAUGCAGGACAUUUAUCAAUGUUUCUCGAUUUCUUUCUCUUGCAAAAUGCUGACUACAGGCUUUAUCUGGGAGGAUCUACAUUUGACAAUGCAAUAGAUUUCAUAACGCUGGGCUCACAAAAUGCCGCUAGAUGUUUUUCUCAUCGAACAGCGGGUCAAUGUGUAAUACCACCAUCAUUGAAAGCUUAAGUAAUUUUCUUUAUACAUAUUAUAAGAUGAAACCGCACACUCCGCGAAUAUUAACACCUUGUAAACUUAUGAUUCGAGCCAUUUAAACAAGACAACAAAAUUCAAUGUAAUAUUCCGACUUUAUUCGAAAGUCAUUGUCAAACCUAGGUCAAACACGGAUGAGAAUUGAUGAGAGUUUGGCAAUCGCGCAGUUUGUUAUCAUAGUUUGAUCCGGGCUUAACUUCUUUGCUACUAACUCCAGAGGAAGGGCAUUCGCUCAGGUAGUUACAGUAAUAAAUUUACGUGGUGUUUCCACAAACAAAACUAAUAUAUUACAAGCGUGUUGACAAUGGCUUUGUAAUAUAGAGCAGAAAUAUUGCCUUGAAUUUGUUGUCUUGUUUAAAUAGCUCGAAUCUUGAGUUUACAAAAUGUUACCCGGGGGGAGUGCACUAAUUCCGCCCAGCUAAUUCGGCCCACGGUCGCCAUCUUCCUAGCAAGUGUCGCUUGCGUGAUAGUUCGUCAUUUGGUAGUACGUCUUGCUUUCAAAAUUGCUAGAAAGAGCAUGAUAAAAUUAGUAAAGCAUGAAUAAUAAAAUAAAUGGAUAGGAAACCUAGUUGCAAACCUAAUUCUCAAAAACGCAUGUUUAGUAAUAAUAUAACCUGAGUAUCAGGCCGUACUUUUUAGG